AUGGACUCAGGCUCCACCACCCAGAUCGGCAGCAACUCGCCGCCCAGCCCGAUGGACGACGACGAUGUGCCCGAGAGGCGCUCCAGCAGCGCCUUCUACCGCCGCCAAUCCAACAUGAGUGAGGCCAGCUUUCUCGAAGAUGUCGAAAUGGCCCAGGAUGAGAUCUUCUCGGGGCCCAUGUCGGAGAGCGUGCCCACUGCAUCUAGUUCAUUCUUUCACAGGCGAUCACGAGCCGACUCCACCGCAAGUUUCGCUUACUACGAGGAGGAGGAUCAAGAGCUCGAUGAGGAGGAGUGGCCUGAAGAGGCUAUCUACGAUGAUCAGGAUCAGCUAGACAGCCAGAGCCUGAAUGGGGAGAACACCUUCAUUGAGCCCGAGGUGGACGAUAUUGACCUGGAGCGAGGGAGCAGCGAAGAUGCUUCUUUGGCAUCUAGGCCCAGGCGAGGCAGUCGAAAGAGUUCUGGAUACUCUAGAAGUUCGCGAAGAUCAGGCUCCUCACGGCGAUCGGCUGAGAGUCCCCUACUUCGACGGCAUCAUUCAGGCGACUCGGAUGUUAGUGGGUUCCGAAGUGGUGGCCGAAUGAGCCAAAAGAUAUACAUCGUCACCGAGGACAUGAAUAUUGUGGUUGCCGGCUUCAAGACGUCGAUGGUAGGCUUUGCACUGUAUGCCUGUCUUUGCGUCCUCACGGGAGGUCUUGCCUAUCUGCUAUUUCGAUGGCUGCCCAAAUGGUACGUUCAAAUCGCCGGGAAGAAGACUGCGCUGUCGCACUGCGACUGGGUGGUCAUCGAAAACCAGUGGGGUGAGAUGGAGGUCAAAGAUAUCAACAGGCAGGAGUUUGGCCAGUCGCUUUCUUCCGUCUUUGGAGUCACGAAGGGCAAACUUCAGGACUAUAACGAGUACGAUGAUCCUAUCAUGGACGAGCUUCGCAUUCUGGACUACCGCUACAUUCGCUUCUGCUACCACCCACUAAAGGACAAACUCGUUCUCGGCAAUACCUGGAAAGAUCCAGCAUGGACGGAUGUGAUCGCUGCGAGAGCUGGUAUCGAUGGCGACGAGCAAGAGAUGCGGCAACGCAUUUUCGGCAAGAAUUCUAUCGAUAUCCAGCAGAAGACCACUGGCCAGCUACUCGUCGACGAGUGCUUCCAUCCAUUCUACGUUUUCCAGAUCGCCAGCAUGAUUCUUUGGUCGCUGGACGAGUACUACUAUUAUGCAGCUUGCAUCUUUGUGAUCUCCGUCAUCAGCAUCACGACCACGCUCAUCGAGACACGCCAGACUAUGAAGCGGCUACGAGACAUUGCUCGAUUUGAGUGCGACAUCCGAGUAAUGAGAGGUGGAUUCUGGCGUUACGUGGAUUCAAGCGAGCUUGUACCUGGCGAUAUCUACGAAGUGACAGAUCCCAACCUUGACCAGCUGCCUUGCGAUAGCAUCCUACUUUCUGGCGACUGCAUUGUUAACGAGAGCAUGCUCACCGGCGAGUCUGUUCCCGUUUCCAAGACUCCAGCUAACGAUGACACUCUUGAGAUGCUCAACUUGAGCGCUUCGACCAUCCACGCUGACGUCGCCAGACACAUGUUGUUCAGCGGUACUAAGAUCAUACGAGCUCGCCGACCGCAAGACGACAAGAACGACGAAGCAGCUGCUUUGGCGCUCGUUGUUAGGACCGGCUUCAAUACGACCAAAGGAGCUCUUGUGCGCUCGAUGCUGUUCCCUAAGCCAUCUGGUUUCAAGUUCUAUCGAGACUCAUUCAGGUACAUCUCGGUCAUGGCGUGCAUUGCUGCCGUUGGCUUCCUGGCAUCGCUUGCCAACUUCAUUCGACUCGGGCUGGCGCCACAUCUGAUCAUCGUCCGGGCUCUCGAUCUCAUCACGAUCGUCGUACCCCCAGCAUUGCCAGCAACCCUCACAAUCGGCACCAACUUCGCCUUGCAACGCCUGAAAGGAAAGCAGAUCUUCUGCAUCAGCCCUCAGCGUGUCAAUGUUGGAGGCAAGCUGGACGUGAUGUGCUUUGACAAGACAGGCACACUGACGGAAGAUGGUCUAGACGUGCUUGGUGUGCGAGUUGUCUCGCGUCCCGCCAACAGAUUCAGCGAAAUUGUAACUGAUGCCUCGAGCCUGCUUCCAGGUGCUGCGUAUGAACGAGAUCCUACCAUCGACUACAACGCCAAUAAGGCCAUCCUAUACACCAUGGCUACUUGCCACUCACUCCGUGUGGUUGAUGACGAGUUUAUCGGUGAUCCUCUUGAUCUCAAGAUGUUUGAGUUCACUGGAUGGCAAUACGAGGAAGGCUCAGAGAUCACUGGCACUGGCGAAGAAGAGGACGACAACUCAUUGACUCCCUCUGUUGCCCGACCUCCACCAGGUAUGGAGUUUGACCUGGACGAAGAACAAGACUCGCCCAAUAGUCGUCGAGCUAUCGAGUUGGGUGUCCUGAAGUCGUUCGAGUUCGUGUCGCAACUUCGCCGUGCCAGUGUCAUCGUGCGGCAGUUCGGUGAUAAGAGCGGCGACGUUUUCGUCAAAGGCGCGCCAGAGGCCAUGAAAGAUAUCUGCCGUCCUGAGAGUUUCCCCGUUGACUACGACGAUCUGCUAGCCUACUACACUCACCGUGGUUUCCGUGUCAUUGCAUGCGCGACCAAGCACAUCUUCAAGCUAAACUGGCUCAAGGUGCAGAAGAUGAAGCGCGAGGAAGCAGAAUCGAAUCUCGAGUUCGCAGGCUUCAUUGUCUUCGAGAACAAGCUCAAGGACACAUCUGCCGACAUCAUCAACGAGCUCGAAGAGGCCAACAUCAGGACUGUGAUGUGCACCGGCGACAACAUUCUCACGGCCAUCAGUGUGGCCAGAGAGUGCGGUGUCAUCGACAAGACUGCUCACUGCUUCGUGCCACAUUUCGUCGAGGGUAAUGCGCACACGGCACUCUCGACUUUGGCGUGGGAAAGUGUCGACAAUCCUGUGUAUCAGCUCGACGAGAACACGCUGAAGCCACUUCCACCCCCUGCUGAGCACGACUCGUCCUUGCCAUAUGAUGUGUCGAAUCUGCGCAAUUACUCAGUCGCCGUCACUGGCGAUGUCUUCCGCUGGAUUGUGGACUUCGCAUCUCCGAAAAUCCUGCGAGAGAUGCUCGUCGUUGGCCAAGUCUUUGCUCGUAUGUCACCUGACGAGAAGCAUGAACUGGUCGAGAAACUGCAAAGCAUCGACUACUGUGCAGGCUUCUGCGGCGACGGUGCGAAUGACUGUGGUGCCCUGAAAGCUGCGGACGUUGGUAUCUCGCUAUCCGAAGCAGAAGCAUCUGUCGCAGCACCUUUCACUAGCCGAGUCUUCGACAUCUCUUGUGUGCCAGAAGUCAUUCGAGAAGGCCGUGCUGCUCUCGUCACCAGCUUCAGCUGCUUCAAGUACAUGAGCUUGUACUCGGCGAUCCAGUUCACCUCGGUCAGCUUCCUGUACGCCAAGGCUUCGAACUUGGGCGACUUCCAGUUCCUCUACAUCGACCUGCUUCUCAUCCUGCCUAUCGCUAUCUUCAUGGGCUGGUCAGGGCCGUACCAGUCGCUGUCGCGGAAACGCCCAACGGCUAGUCUUGUCUCACGCAAGGUGUUGACGCCACUGCUGGGACAAAUCGUCCUCUGCAUACUCACACAAUUCAUCGCGUGGUGGUUUGUCCGAAGGCAGCCCUGGUACCAACCGCCCGUCAUCGACAAGAACCACUCCAACUCGAAGAACUCCGAGAACACGGCGCUCUUCCUUGUGUCGUGCUUCCAAUACAUCCUCUCAGCCAUCGUCCUCUCCGUUGGAAAACCUUUCCGGCAGUCAAUGGCUCACAACCUGCCGUUCGUCGUUACGAUGUUCGUUGCGCUCGCCAUCUCGAGCUACAUGCUCUUCGACCCGGCACCCUGGCUUGAAGACUUUAUGGAGCUCACCUGGAUGUCGGCCGACUUCCGCAUCUUCAUCUUGGUUCUCGCCAUUGGCGCAUUCUUCGUGUCGUAUCUGGCGGAACGCCAAAUCUUCCCACGGAUGGCGAGGAUCCUCGGCAAGCUGGUGCAAAAGAUGAGGCGGACCGCGAAGAAGCGGAAGGAAUAUAAAGUCAUCGCGGAGGAGAUGAGGAUCUAA